UGGAAAGGCUUUAAACAGGCCGUGUUGCUUUUUGAUAACACGUCACAAUAACAUCUCCCGAUUUCCUGAUGUUAUUUCUAAAUGCAUGUACUCGGUGUCAAAUUUAGCCGUCCUUUCGUGUUGUGAAAUUCACUGGUAGGAAAAUCUGGAUUCAGAUCAAUUGAACGACUGAAGAAAUGAUGCCAUGAAGUGAUAUUUCGGAAAUAGAAGCUUCAUCGAUUUUCGUGAGAUUUGUCCACAGUUCAACCUAACACAGACACCGAAAUUAAGGAUCCUUAUUCUGAUUGGUUGAAAAAGGACUUUGCCAUGGCAACUAGAUAAUUAGGAUUUGAAGCUGAAACAUGCCUGCAGUAAUAAUGGACCUUCUUCAGAGAGUUAAGAGAGGGGUAGAGGUGGUUGCCACGACAGCAGGCAGUGUUGCUAAGGAAGCUGUUCAAAAUGCUGUGGCUGAUACCGGGGCGGCCCCUGGUCCCACUACAGUGGCUCCCUCUGGGGAUGGGUCAGGUGUCACUGAGGCCCCAAAGGGAAUCGAUAAACUCAAAAACCUUGUGACAGGAGAGUUAAGCAAACUGGGUCUCCCCAUGUGGGCGCUGAUUGCUAUCGGAGUGGCCUGUCUCCUGGUGUUGUUAUGUUGUUGUUAUUGUAUAUGUAAGCGAUGUAUUUGUAAGAAACGCAAAGGUAAAGACGGAAAGAAAGGCCUGAAGGCCAGCUUGAAGCCGGGACUCGAGUUUGCCCUCAAAAAGGAAAACAUACAGCCUGACCUUGAGGAAUUAGAGGUCAACAUGGAACAGGACGAUGACAAUGAGAGCACGAAGUCCGAGGUCAAACUCGGCAAGCUUCAGUUCCAGUUAGACUACGACUUCACAAAGAAUGAGCUGACGGUGGGCGUAAUUCAAGCUGCGGACCUACCGGGUAUGGACAUGUCUGGCACCUCAGAUCCGUACGUCAAAGUUUACCUCCUGCCCGACAAAAAGAAGAAAUUUGAAACAAAAGUUCAUCGCAAGACACUGAACCCCGUCUUCAAUGAAACAUUUACCUUCAAGAAUGUUCCUUAUGCAGAGGUAGGGGCAAAAACAUUGGUAUUCGCAAUCUACGACUUUGACCGAUUUUCAAAGCACGACCAGAUUGGACAAGUAAAAAUUCCACUUAACACUGUGGACUUGUGUCAAGUUCUUGAAGAGUGGCGAGACUUAAUCAGCCCUGAUAAUGAUGCUGAAAAGGAGAACAAGUUGGGAGACAUUUGCUUCUCCUUGCGAUACGUUCCCACGGCAGGGAAGCUGACCGUCGUCGUACUGGAGGCCAAAAAUCUCAAAAAGAUGGACGUGGGUGGUCUCUCAGAUCCCUAUGUGAAAAUUGCCCUCUAUCAGGGCAGCAAACGCCUGAAGAAAAAGAAAACCACCAUUAAGAAAAAUACCUUGAACCCCUACUUUAAUGAGUCCUUCUCGUUUGAGGUUCCUUUUGAGCAGAUUCAGAAGGUACAGCUGUACAUCACAGUGGUAGAUUAUGACAGAAUAGGAACCUCGGAACCGAUUGGGCGUGUCGUCCUGGGAUGUAAUUCAAGUGGAACCGAGCUCCGCCAUUGGAGUGACAUGCUGGCAAACCCACGACGACCCAUCGCCCAGUGGCACACCUUACAGGAAGUGCCCGAGAAAAGCUAAAAACACCACACUAGGCCCACAACAGCGGCGCAGUUGUCUCCCUUGUAACUGACUCUUCAUUGUCAUUGCGCUGUUCCAGUGAUUGUGUUUUCUUUUCGUAGCGUAGUCGUGGAAAAAAAACAUGUUUCAGUUGAAUUGUCCAUCAUUGUAAAUUUUUGAUACAUCGGGGAUCAAACGUUAAAUUUUUGUCCCUGUUUAGAAAAAUGUUAAAAGAACAAAAGGAAGAUACCUCUUCUUUUGAUUUCUCGUGCAAUAUCAUUUUAACAAUCUAAAUAUACACGUAUUGUAGAAGUUAAAAGCUCUGUAGAAUUUUGAAUUAUGUUGACUAUAUACUGGUAUUUAUAUCAUUUUGUGAAAAAACCCUCUCAGAUCAGCAAGAAUUUUACUGAAUUGCUAAGACCAUUAGUCUGCAGAUGCUAUUAUGACAUGUUUUGAAGCAUUUAUUGUAGUGACUAUCGGGAAGGUGUAUCCAUGGUAACUGGUUGUUGUAGCUAGUUCUUCAUCAGGUUGUUCAAGUGUAGAACCGGUUCAAGAAUUUGUUCUGUGAUAGAUUAUUUAUAUAGAAAAUGUCUCUCUCUCUAUCUCACCAGACUAUCUUAUUCUUGCUGCUUUAACAGCCAUUUUCAUCUAAACUUUUGCAAAAAGUUCACAAUAAUUGAUGCUUGAUAUUUCAUCAAUGUUUGAUGCAUUAUUUCGCAUGGUUUACUGUAAAAUCAAAUCGAAUCUUUUACUAAGAAAUUUUUAAUGUCAAGGGUAUUGUUCACUUUUAUAGCAAGUAUUUGAUGAUACUGUGACUCUGAAUUGAAAAAAACCCCCAGAAAAUUUGUGCUAAGAUUGAAAUCUACUUAAGAUAUGUAUAUGUCAUUGUGUUUUAAUUAGCAGUAGCCCUGUUCAUUUCCUCUCAUCUCUGUACAUACCACAUUCCUGUCUCUACAUUCCAUGGCAUCUCAAAAAAAAAUUAUUACAGAAACUCAAACUUGCUUAAUAUAUUUAAAACAAAAAAUGGCAUUUAUUUACUUUUUUCAGGGUUCAUUGUUUACUAUUUUAAUUUUUAUACAAAUAUUGGUUGUUUUGUGAAGAAUCCAUUCCAAUGUUUUGAAUAACAAGCUUGAUUGACUAAUAAUUUGCCAUUUAAUAUAAUUAUUAUUUUGUAAAGAAUCUCAGUUUCCAGUGUUUGUUGUACAGACAUGAUCAAAAGUCGGAUGUUUCUGAUUUGUUUAUCCCUUGAACAAGUCUACAGGCCUAUGUUGUUAUUGUUAAAGGUUGUUUUGUUUUUAAUCUUGUUUAUGAAUAAUAUAGACGUCUGAACCACGGACUGACCAUGUAAUGCAUGCAAUGCAAGUUUUAUCAAAAGUAAGCCUAACCACAGUCUAUUUAAAUUGUGAAGGUCAAAGGUCAUCUAUCUUUGACCUGUCGUGAUUGAGUGAUGUUUACUGGUGUGUUAAUUUCUCUCUUUCUUUAGAAAUCCACGUGUAAAUCCAGACUGGUCACAAACUUGUGUCUAAUCAUUAGAUCUUCUGUAGUCAGUGGUACAAUAAACUUUUGUGUCAGAAAA